GCCAGCCGCUCAUCGAGAGUUGCCGAGGGUUUACGGAGAUAGCCGAAGACCUGGGAGGCGAGGCUACAAUAGCCAUUCCGAGGGGCAACGAAGGCUUCGAAAAGAACCGAAAGUUAGGAGGCGGAACCGCUUCCACAAGGCGGAAGUGCUCGCGUUCGAACAGCCGAAGAGGUCCGAGGAUUUCCGGAGCGAGCCGAAGCGUCGCCGACCGUUUCCGGAAGCAGCCGACAGGCUCCGAGGGGCGGUGCUGAGGCGCAAUCAUGGCGGCGCCCAGUGCUGCUGCGGCUGAGAAGAACGAGGAGCCGGCGCCGGAGGCCGAGGCGCUGGCCGCCGCCCGGGAGCGAAGCCGCCGCUUCCUGAGCGGCCUGGAGCUGGUGAAGCAGGGCGCCGAGGCGCGCGUGUUCCGCGGCCACUUCCAGGGCCGCGCGGCCGUGGUGAAGCACCGCUUCCCCAAGGGCUACCGGCACCCGGCGCUCGAGGCGCGGCUUGGCCGGCGGCGGACGGUGCAGGAGGCGCGGGCGCUGCUGCGCUGCCGCCGCGCAGGGAUAUGUGCCCCGGUUGUCUUUUUUGUGGACUAUGCUUCCAACUGCUUAUACAUGGAAGACAUUGAAGGCUCAGUGACUGUUCGAGAUUAUAUUCAGUCCACUAUGGAGACGGAAAAGUCUCCCGAGAGUCUCUUCAGUUUAGCCAAGACAGUCGGGCAGGUUCUGGCUCGAAUGCACGACGAGGACCUCAUUCACGGUGAUCUCACCACCUCGAACAUGCUCCUGAAACCCCCUGUGGACCAGCUGCGCGUCGUGCUCAUAGACUUCGGGCUGAGCUUCAUCUCGGCACUGCCGGAAGAUAAGGGGGUCGACCUCUACGUGCUGGAGAAGGCCUUCCUGAGCACCCAUCCCCACACCGAGGCUGUGUUCGAAGCCUUUCUGCAGAGCUACUGCGCCGCCUCCAGAAAGGCCAGGCCGGUGCUGAAGAAGCUGGACGAAGUGCGCCUGAGAGGAAGAAAGCGGUCCAUGGUUGGGUAGGGGAGUGUGUGUGACCGCUGCAGCCAGUUACGCUGUCUCCCUCCAAGUGAAUCCGAAGGAAUGCCACGAGGUUGAGAUUAGACCUAAAUAAAGCUGAGAUAUUUUUAA